GGCAUUUCCGGGUCUGAUCCUGCAGUGAGAUCCCGGGACUGACCGGAGAAUUCUCUGGAAACAGGGGCCGGUAGGCAGGGUCUGACCAGAAGGAAUAUGGAUCUGGAUGUACUAAACAUGUUCCUCAUUGCCGGAGGUACCUUGCUUAUCCCAAUAUUGGCUUUCGUGACCUCUUUCUUUCUUUGGCCGGCUGCACUCCUCAGAAUUUAUUACUGGUACUGGAGAAGGGCCUUGGGGAUGCAGGUCAAGUAUGUCACCUGUGAGAACUACACCUUCUGUUACACAUCCCGUGGACGACCAGGGCCAAAGCCAUCAAUCCUCAUGUUACAUGGGUUCUCUGCUCAUAAAGACAUGUGGCUGGCUAUAGCCAAGUUCCUUCCUAAAAACUUGCACGUGAUUUGUGUGGAUAUGCCUGGACAUGAGGGAACCACGCGCUCCGCUUUAGAUGACUACACCUUCAGUGGGCAGGCGAAAAGAAUACACCAGUUUGUUGAAAGCAUAAAUUUGAAUAAAAAGCCGUUCCAUCUUGUGGGCACGUCCAUGGGGGGAUGUGUCGCUGGGGUCUAUGCUUCCCUGUAUCCCUCUGACAUCUCCAGCCUGACUCUCAUCUGCCCUGCAGGUUUGCAGCAUCCUAAGGACAGCAAAUUUCUGAAACAUCUGAAUGAGGUCAAGGAUUCUGGUGACGACGCAAAAAUCCUCCUUAUUCCUUCCACUGCUGAAGAAAUGGAGCAAAUGCUGAAGCUUUGUUCAUACGUUCGCUUCAAGAUCCCUCAGCAGGUCUUACAAGGGUUUCUUGAAGUUCGCAUUCCUCACAAUGACUUUUAUAGAAAAGUAUUUUUAGAUCUUGUAGAAGAGAAGUCGCGUUACUCUCUACAGGACAACAUGCAUAAAAUUACUGCUCCUACUCAAAUAAUAUGGGGCAGACAGGACCAGGUUCUUGAUGUUUCUGGAGCAGAAGUCUUGGCUAAUGCCAUACCAGGAAGCCAAGUGGAAAUACUGGAGAACUGCGGACACUCAGUAGUGAUGGAACGACCUCGAAAAUCUGCAAAACUGAUGGCGGACUUUUUAUCUUCCUUGCAAAGCACAGAGAACAAUAAGAAGCAUGAUUAAACCUUCAGGAAGGCUCAGGACUCCUUAUGGUCUUCUCCAUACUGUAUUUCUCUGAGUGUCUCAGGGGAUCAUGUAGAACUUCUAGGAAAGUAGCUUAGUUCCUUGUGAAGACCAGACGACCAGAACUGUGUCUGAAUUCAGAUGACUUCCAGAUCAGCGGGGUUGCGCACAAUGGGUGUCGCAAGCUGUGGCAUUGACAAAGGCUGUUUUGUUGUAACUGGUGCUCGCUGGCAAUGUAAUAGUUAAAGCCUUCAUUCCAACUGAUACAAUACUCCAGAGUCCAAUGACCCGAUGCUCUGUAAUGAUAGAAGCGUGAUGAAUUUGGUCAUAAAUUAAAAGAUAUAAAAAAGUCAAGUAAGAGAAUCCCAUUAAUAGUGAUAAGCGGUGAGACAAUUUCACAAUUAUAUUGGCCACUUUACCUGGCAGAGACCUAUAAAAACAUUGCACCACUUGCAGUGUGUGCGCUUAUAUCUGGGUAUUGUGCCUUCCAAGCAGUUUUAUGAGGAGAACGUCAUAUACAAAUCAGCAUUGACACUGUGCCCAUGAUGGAUGAUUCUGCUGCUAUACAAUGAGCACUGCAUGGCUGUUUAUCGCCCAAGUCAUUUCCCUGUGGAAUUAGUACCCAAUGGUCCAUCUACGUGGACUGGUAAUUGUACAUAAACGAGUGCUAAUUGGCGAUCUAAUGCCGAUCGGCACUCAAUUAGUACAUCUAAUCGUCAUACUGUACCUUAAAAGGGUUAUCCAUAUUUUUAGACUUUAGAAGGGUUUUCUGAACACUUUAUACUGAUGACCUAUCCUAUCAGUAUCUGAUCAGUGGGGGUCCGACACCUGGGACCCUCACUGGUCAGCACCAUUCAAAGUAGCUUUCCCUAGGCCAGUGAUCACUCAGCUUUCCCUAGGCCAGUGAUCAUCUGUCACAUGGCCUGGGCGCAGCUCAGCCCUAUUGAAGUGAAUGACGCUGUGCUUCGUGGCUGGCGGACCCCCACCGAUCAGAUACUGUUGACUUAUUCAGGAGAUAGGUCGUCAGUAUAAAGAUCUCGCAAAACACCACCCUAUUGUACGUGGUAAAAAAAAUUGGUCAUCUGCUCAGUUUCAGCUCCCUUCAGUGGUCUUCAGUUCCUGUCCUGUAAACUGACCGUGGUCCGUAAAAAUCCACGUAUGUGUGAAUGAGGCCCAUCGCUGCUGGGUUACGUGCCUCUCGUGAAUAUUUCACUACUUAGGCCAGUUACUGGCUAUAGUAACCACGUGAACCUGGAAGUUUGUAGGACAGGGACCUGCAGAGGGGAGCAGGCGAGUGAUUAUUUUAUUUUUAUUUUUUUCACCAAGUUAAUAUCUGAAAAGCUGGAGAAAAGCUUCAGGUGAUAGACUAUAUUAAUUUCAGAUCUGUGGAGGUCCGACCUCUGGUGCCAUUGCCAAUCAACUGUUGAUAGGGGUCGUGGCAUUUAGGCAAGCACUGUGGCCUCUUCCUUGGACUGAUACAUUACCUCCAUCAAUGAAAUAGCCAUUGUGCUGCAUUACCAAGCACAGCCACUAUACAAUGUACAGCUUCAAAUAAAUUCACAUUUUCUGUCGCAAUGAACCAUAACAGCCGGCAGAAGGAAAAAUCUUCUUUUAUUUUCGCAGUAUAAUUAAAUUAAUAAAAUACAAAUAAAAAUAAAAGGCAGCGUGUUUCGGGGAUCAACAGGUCCUAACUGGAUGAAGGGGACCUGUUGAUCCCCGAA